AUGAUGCUGCGCGCGAGGGUGGGGAGCGGCAACGUUGGGGGCCUACCUUGGGGGCUGGCCAGGGCAGAGUGCAGAGCAGGACGGCUCGCGUCGCCCUUGUUGUGCAGCGCACGGGGCGGGCAACACAGCGGGCUGCGGGCUCUCACCACGUCCAAGGAGGAACGUGACAGCUUCCUGGCCCUGGCGCGAGCAGAGGAAGAGGCAGAGGAAGCGGAGGCAGAAAGGGCGGCCGAGCAGAUGAAGAAGGCGCGAAGGCCACCAAAGCUCAACGCCAAGGAGUGGGAUGGCGAGGGCGUGUCGCGCAAGAUCGUGGAGAAGCUGCGUAAGGAGGGGCGCGGUGGCGACGACACGGACCGCUACGAGCGCAUGGCCCGCGCCCAGGAGUACAAGCUCAAGCGUCAGAUGGACAAGCAACAGCAGGACGAGCGGGAUCGGGUGGCGCGCAUCGAGAGGCAGCUGCAGGCGGAGCGCGAGCGAAGGGAGGCCGAAGAGAAGCAGAAAGAAGAGGACAAGAAGAAGGGCUGGUUCUCCCUCUUCACUAAAUAA